AUGUAUGCUUCCCCAGGCAGGAUGGUCCUACUCAUUCGCAUGCGGGAAGGUGAUCUUGGAUACCAAACUGAACGCGGUCCACGGCAGGCCUUCGAAGGACCACUCGGCACCACCCCCACCUACGAUGCUGCUGCUUGUGCAGACGCAACGGCCAACUGGGCCAAUGAGACCUGGACCGUCGAUAAGCCGGCUGCGGAGUUAUGGACCUACUUCAUGAAUGACACCUGCCGGCCGACUGAUGACCCUUCGCAGUCUUGCACCCUUGGGAACUACGGAGUCUAUGUCAUUACCGCCGAGUCCCAGGGCCAUGUUAAGGCAGGCAUUGACUUCGCCAGAGAGAACAACCUGCGCUUGAUUGUGCGAAAUACCAGACACGUCUUCAUUGGGCGUUCGACGGGAUGGGGGGCACUUGUCAUCAACACACAUAGCUUCCAAGACCUCGUCUUCUCUACAGAAUACACUGGGCCCGGCAACUACACAGGAGGAACCAACGCCCAGGAUCCACCCGUUCUUGUCAUGACCGGAGAGUGUCCCACAGUUGGUGUUGCGGGCAGCCUCGUUCAAGGAGGUGGACAUGGCCCCCUAACGCCACUCUACGGGAUGGUUGCAGACACGGCCCUCGCUUUCGACGUCGUCACGGCAGACGGCGAGUUCCUGAGAGCCAACUCGGAGGAGAAUCCUGACUUGUUCUGGGCUUUGAUGGGAGGAGGUCCAUCAUCCUAUGGAAUAGUCCUCUCGGCUACCUUCAAGACCUUCCCGGAAACGAAGGCUGCCAGUGUCAUUGUCAACAUCAACUCGACUCUUACCAAUGAUACCGACGUGUUCUGGGAAGGCGUCAGGUCGUUCCACAAAUACUCCAACACAUUUGUUGACGCUGGUCUCUAUGCCUACUUCGAGUUGGCGACGCUGCGUCUACACAUUGCGCCUUUUGUUGGCGCAGGCAAGACUUCAGCUGAGAUGGGGGCCAUCCUGAAGCCAUCAUUAUUCUCCUCAACUGGCCACCUGUGGGAUGCCGGCCAUAGCACUCCAGUGUCAAAUUCAGCAACACACCCGCGGUUUAGAAACUCCACCGACUUCGCGGUCGUCACGCUUCCGGUGCCUGUGGGCACUACAUGGGCCCAAAAGGAAGACCUCCAAAACGUUCUCACGAAUAUCCAAGACGCCGCAAUGAGGGAGGCAGGCCCUCAUGGCUGUGCUUAUGUCAACGAGGGCGAUCCAUACCAACCGGACUGGCAAGACCACUUCUGGGGCUUGGAGUACCCAAAGCUGCUCGAGAUCCGGCAGAAAUGGGAUCCUAACGGGGUAUUUUAUGCCAUUGCCACGCCGGGAACAGAAAAAUGGGAGGUUAUCGAAUACGGUACGCGACUGUGUCGUAAGACUUGA